AGAACUUAAUAACUUCCGAAGGAAGAUGGAGCUGGGGUUCCGGUUUUAUAUUUUUUUCCAUACAUGUUUUCUUGUUGUCUUUUAAUUUUUAACUACAUUUCCUGCCUGUUUUGGCAUGAUAAAGACCAAAUGUUUAUUAGAUGUGAUCAUAUGGAAGUUUUGUGCACUUGAAAUGAAGUGUGUGAAUAUUUAGUUCAAACCUCAAGGAAGUAUUUGAUUCAUGAAGCUGCCAUGACUUCAUAAUUACUUAUCGAAGGUUCUAUUAUACAGCAUUACACUGUGUAUACAUGCAUGUGCUUGUGUAUUUUACAUUAUUACUUACAUAAUGGAUAAUGCCAGAUGGGACUUGAGUUAGAUCGAAGAGACUUUAAGUGAGAUAACUGGCGAUUAGUGUUGAAUAACAAGACUUCUGUUUAUAUAAACUUUCAUCUUGACAAUUCUUAAAAGACUAAUGCAAUGCUUAUUGCUCCCCUUCACUCCCCUGUUGAACAACAUUUCAAGUUGGAGCAUUCACAUUUUAUUCUCCAAUCUAGACAGAACAUUUGAACUUGAAUUUCACUUAAAUCUUGUUGCUUCUUUUUCAUCAUUGACUUUCAUGGUUAUCUCAGAAACCAGCUCAUGAAGUUGACUUCAAUACUAGUGAACCAGUUGUUAUUGUUGGGUUUGGGCAAAUGGGUCAGCUUUUCUAUACAGGUCCUUGCCAAUUUGCUAUCUGCCCCACUAGCUUCAGGUUUAAACAGAGGAGUGGGGUGUCCUUAUGUUGCUUUUGAUCUAGACCCUUCUGUUGUGAAGGCUUCAAGAGAUCUUGGUUUUCCUGUUCUCUAUGGUGAUGGGUCCCGUCCUUCAGUUCUCCGAUCUGCUGGUAUAUCAUCUCCAAAAGCUGUGAUGGUUAUGUAUGCUGGGAAAGAGAAGACCAUUGAGGCUGUUCAAAGGAUUCGACUUGCUUUCCCCGCAGUAUUAAAUCUUCUCAUCCCCACCCCAACAGCACCAAUGCACACUCUCCUGCAUGCAAAACUAGUCUUUAAUAAGAAAAAUAUUAUUUUUGUUUCAUUACCGACAAAGGGUCAACAUAGGCAAUAAGAAGUAAAAGUCUUAGAAGGCGUAAAAAUCAAUACUCCCCCAUCUAAAAAAAAUAGUCCUAUUUGAAUUUUGAAAAAAAAAUCUUGUCCCAGACUCCUAGUAAAAAAGUCAUAUUUGAACAAAAGAAGCUAAAUUUC